ACUGAAGGCAGAGUUCUCAGAAAUGAAAGUGCAAGUAAAGAGCUGGUUGUGAACGGUGGGGCUCAGAAGUGUGUACACCAACAGGCCUCAGAAGGUAGUUUAGUUUUGGUGGACCCUGCCACUUUGUGCCCAGCCCUGAAGCCUUGGCUCUUUCCAACCGGACCCCAGGCCCAUGGCAAUGGCCCAAGAAGUCACCCUCAGUAGCCUUCGGGAGGAGCAGACCAGACUAAAGAUGAGGUUGCAGGAGCUGCAGCAGCUGAGAAUGAAACUUAGGGACUCCUCCCAAGACAAGAUCCUAUUCGCAAUGCCUGAAGUGCCCCUGGUGUUCCAGGGACACACUCAUCAGGGUGGGGAAGCACCGAAAUCUUCAGUUUCUAACCUGAGGAUCUGUUAUCCUCUGCCUGGAGGCUCUGCUCUGGUGACCUUUGAUGAUCCCCAAGUGGCUAAAAGGGUGCUGCAACAAAAGAUGUAUAAGAUUGACAUGGAAGAAUGCCGGCUGCGGUUGCAGGUCCAGCCCUUGGAGCUGCCUGUCGUGACCACCAUCGAGGUGUCCAGCCAGAUGGAUGGCCAGAGAGUGCUGGUCAGUGGGUUUCCUGCGGGGCUUAAGCUGAGUGAGGAGGAGCUGCUGGACAAGUUAGAGAUCUUCUUUGGCAAGGCCAAGAAUGGGGGUGGUGAUGUGGAGACUCGGGAACUGCUACAAGGAGGUGUCAUGCUGGGCUUCGCUGAAGAGAAAGUGGCCCAGCACCUAUGCCAGAUUGGCCAGUUCACAGUGCCACUGGGUGGGCAGCAGGUCCCUCUGAGAGUCUCUCCCUACAUGAGUGGGAAGAUCCAGAAGGCCGAGAUGAGGAAUCAGUCAGUGCCCCAGUCUGUGCUGGUGUUGAACAUUCCCGACAUCCUCGAUGGCCCGGAGCUACACGACAUCCUGAAGAUCCACUUCCAGAAGCCCACCCGUGGGGGUGGGGAGGUGGAGGCCCUGGCCGUAGUGACCCCAGGACAGCGGGGCCUGGCGGUCUUCACCUAGUCGGACUAGAAGUUGCCCUUCUCAUCACCCCCACCCCCCUGCCGAGCUUCUCACAAGGGGCUGCGGUUGGGUGCCCAUGUACCAGGGAGAUCUUGCUGGUCGACUGUGAGCAGGGAUUAUGAGUUGUGAAAUGCUGAACAGUAAAAGUGCCCACAUGGCAUGAUCGUCUUCCUCAUUUCAUUUCAUGAAAGGAAACAACUGGGCAGGG